AUGCGGAGUCGCAGCCAGGAGUGGUGGGAUGUUAACGUGCUGCGCUUCUCUGAUAAUGAUUUCGUCAACAACUUUCGGCUUACGAGAAACACCUUUACCUACCUCUGUGAGCGACUGCGUGUGCCACUGUCGCGGGUGGAAACGCAACUUCGGCAGCCAAUUUCCAUGAGUAAACGCGUUGCCGUCGGGCUGUAUUGGCUUGCAACAGGUGCAUGUUACCGCACAAUCGCAAACCUAUUUGGCAUAGCCAAGUCUACAGUGUGCUCCAUCAUCAGAGAGUUCUGCGAGGCAGUUCGACAGGUUCUGAUGCCAGAGUACAUCAAACUGCCUCGGGGAGCUGAACUCCAAGAGGUUGUGGAGGGCUCUGAACACAGAUGGGGCUUCCCCCAGUGUGGAGGCGCAAUAGAUGGGACCCACAUCCCUAUCCUUGCACCUGAAGACCACCAUGCUGACUACUUUAACCGAAAGGGGUGGCACUCAGUCAUUCUGCAGGGGGUGUCUCAAAAAGUGCUGUGUAAAAACCUGUGUGUUGUUAUUGAUGGCAUUGCACUGAGUCCUAAUGAUGACUUAUCUGUGUACCUCAAGACCACUGAAGACAUCAUGGGUGUUGAGGUGCCCAUCCUGCUUCUGGAAGAUCCUGCCUACCCUCUGCGAACCUGGCUCUUGAAAGGGUACUCCGACACAGGAAACCUCUCAGCACAGCAGAGGUACUUCAAUUUGCGCCACAGCAGAGCCAGAAUGACCGUGGAGUGUGCGUUCGGGCGGCUGAAAGGGCGGUGGAGGUGCCUUGGUAAACGGCUGGAUGUGGACAUCUCCAUCGUCCCCACGGUUGUCAGUGCAUGCUGCACACUCCACAAUGUGUGUGAAAUUCAUGGGGAGGCCUACGAAGAACCCAGUGGAGCUGCUCUCAAUGUUGACAGAGGGCCUGAAGGAGGGGCCUUGCCAGAUAUGCAACCAGCAUUAGUGAGGGAAGCACUGAUACAACUGUUCUAUAGCCAGCUGUAG